GAAACGCUUACAAAACUCUAAGAUGGAAUGUUGAUGCCACAUGUAACAUUUAGAGCAUCCUGCAUCAGUGUUUGUACUACUUUAGUUUGUAAGUAGUUUGUAGGUUCGUGGAAUAUGGCAAUAUCAAAGUUUAAAAUAACAAUAGGACUUUCAGUGAUAGGACUUUUAUUAGUUGGAUUCGGGACUUUUCUCAUGUUUAUGGGACCUGUUAUUAUCAACGACCAAAUAGUAAAGAAUGUAGAAAUCAACCCCAAAAACGACUUGUCCUACACCAUGUGGAAGGACAUUCCAGUACCAUUCUUUAUGUCAGUUUAUUUCUUCAAUAUUCUCAAUCCUGAAGAGAUACUAGCCGGAGAAAAGCCCAUGGUUCAGCAAAAAGGUCCAUAUGUGUACAGGGAGAACCGUUGGAAGGACAAUAUCACUUUCCAUGACAACAAAACAGUGUCAUAUCGUGAAUAUCGGCAGUAUUUUUUUGAGGAGAGCAUGUCUGUAAGCAACGAGUCAGAUGUGAUCACCAUACCAAAUAUGCUGGUUCUGGGAGCAUCAGUGAUGAUGGAGAAAUCUCCCUAUCCAUUGCGAGUAUUGAUGAGCUCCACUUUUAAAACCUUUAAAGAGGGUCCCUUUUUAACUAAAACUGUAGGUGAGCUUAUGUGGGGAUUUGAUAGCAAAUUGGUGGACUUUCUCAACACCUUCCUACCUGGUACACUGCCAUUCAAAGGAAAGUUUGGAUUGUUUGCUGAUUUUAACAACUCAAACACUGGGUUGUUCACUCUCUUUACUGGUCAAGAUGACAUCAGGAAAGUUCACAAUGUGGACACUUGGAAUGGCUUAAAGAAAGUAAACUACUGGAAAUCUGAGCAGUGCAACAUGAUAAAUGGAACAGCAGGCCAAAUGUGGCCCCCGUUCUUGACUACAGAAUCAAGUUUGACAUUUUACAGUCCAGAUGCCUGCAGGUCAAUGGAUCUAGUAUACGAGAGGCCAGAGGUAAUGCUAGGAAUCCCUGUCUAUCGUUUUGUGGCCCCUAAAACUCUUUUUGCCAAUGGCUCAACUUAUACACCAAAUGAAGGCUUCUGCCCAUGCAGGGAGUCAGGUCUACUUAAUGUUAUGACCUGCAGGCACAAUUCCCCUGUGUUCAUCUCCCACCCACAUUUCUACAAUGCCGACCCAGUCCUGUUGCAGACAGUCAAUGGGCUUAACCCCACUGAGCAUGAUCAUGGACUCUUUAUUGACAUACACCCAGAAACUGGAAUACCUAUAAAUGUGUCCAUCAAGCUGCAACUUAAUCUUUUAAUAAAGAAGGUAGAAGGAAUAAGUGAAACUGGAAAUAUAGCUGAAGUGGUAAUGCCAAUGCUCUGGUUUGGUGAGAGUGGCUACAUUGAUGGUCCUGCACUCAACAUGUUCCGUCUGAACCUGGUAAUAUUGCCUACGAUGAUGAAGUACAUGCAGUACAUCUUUCUUGUGCUUGGACUGGGCUGUAUUAUAGGGGCUGUGGUACUGAGACUACAUGAAAAGAUAGCCAAGAAAACUGAGACAGCUGUCAUCACUAAAGACACAGGGAUAACAAAUAGUAUUUUCAAGGAUGGCACUGACGUGGACCCAGUCACUGUGGACAGUGAAAAAACCCCACUUUUACAAAACAAGGACUAGAAGAAUUUUUCUGCCCUUACAGCACUGCAUUGACCUUUUUGCUUUUUUCUCAAGUCCCUUAACAUCUGAAACACUAACUAAAGAUAACCACUAACUUAAUCAUAGUAAAUGUAUUUUUGAAACUUUUCCUAAGAGCUGCCUUUUCUGAUUUAAUGUAUAUACACUGGACCUGAAAACUGAAGAUUAAUGAUUAUUAACUAUUGCCAUUUCAUAAAUUACAGUGUGCAUAUCUAAUGUGUUUUUACUUUUUAAAGACCAACCCAUGCUAAAAACAGAUCUGCUACUAGUUUCCAUCAUGUAACAUUUAAUUUUAAAUUCACUACAGAGUGAAUUUGUGUUAUUCAGGGAAAUAUUUAAAUAUACUGGAAAAAACAUGUAACUGUAAUACCUGUAAGUGAUUGUACAGUUGGGAUCAAAGAUUUCCACACACAUGUAAGUUGCCAGUCUUAAAAUUCCAAUGAUUUCUGCAACCGUUUUGUGCUGUGACAGUACUGUUUUAAAUUGUGUAUGUGUUCA